AGAAAAGAUACAGCAGCUCUUUAAAUAAUCCCCAUCCCCACUCUCUUUCCCUCGUUAGUUCAUUGGUAACUGCAAGACAGGAAGCAGCAGUUUGCUAGGCGCCGUUUCUCUUUUCUUGAGCUCUCACCUUCUCUCUCUCUUUUACAAUGAUGUUCAUAAGCUUUUAAACAAGGAUUUUCUUCUAAGUUCAAUCUGGGAAAUUAAUUACCAUGUUGUUUUCUUCGCAAGUACCUCGGUGGCUUCAAGUUCUUCUUACUGAGAAAUUCUUCAACGCCUGUAUAAUGCACGAAGAAGCCAAGAAAAACGAGAAGAACAUCUUCUGCUUGGAUUGUUGUAUCAGUUUAUGCCCUCACUGCUUCGACCCCCACAGCUCACACAGGCUCUUACAGAUAAGACGAUAUGUGUACCAUGAUGUUAUAAGGUUGGAUGAUGCAACGAAAUUAAUGGACUGUUCCUUGGUUCAAUCAUAUAUUACAAAUAGUUCAAAGGUGAUCUUUAUAAACCAAAGGCCACAGACGAGGCAGUUCCGAGGCUCAGGCAAUUUCUGCACCAUCUGCGACAGAAGCCUGCAAGACCCUUAUCUCUUUUGUUCUCUCUCCUGCAAGGUAAAUUAUUUGUUGAGAACAGAAGAUGGGCUGUCCGAGUUCCUGUUCGAGUGCAAUUAUUUGCCUUUAUCCGACUCUGGUUUGGAUGAUCGUUUGGUUACCCCGGACUCGGUCCUUGAGCCGUCUUGUUCGACCAAAACGUCGUCUGGGUCUGGCGGGUACGAUGAAGUGUGGUGUCCAGCGCUUGCUUCCACCGCUAUGACGUCGGAGAUCGUUAGGAAGAAAAGGACCAGCUUAACGGCGUGUCGUCCGACAUGUCCGCCGGUAUUAGAAGUUUCGGAGUGCCUGAUGAACCGGAGAAAGAAAACACCACAACGAGCUCCACUGUAUUGAAAGAUGUUAUUCGUGCGGGGAAAUAUAGGGAGGAGAGCUAAGAAGGGGCGGGGGAUUAGGACAUUAUUGGUAUUUUGGACAAUUUCCAGACUCAAUCCCUCCAAUUUUGUUUAUGUAUUAAACUCUCCCCUCACAUAGCAAAUUGUUAUUUUUUUUCUUUUUCCAUAUAUAUUCAUAGCGAGUAAU